CAAUGCAACGGAUGCUGAUACGAGGGUUAGAACAAUGGAGCCCCCUUGCCGUUCCUUGAAGCCUCCUGAUCUCACAGUUCAUUUCAGUUUCCACUCAUUGAAACUUGCGUCCAUUGCAUUCCAGGACACUGAAUUCCCCUCCAACUUCUGAGCGCACGGACGUGGAUUGUCUUCAUUCCCAUGUCUCCCAAGUCGCGUAACGGCCUUCCCUGACCCUGUCGUCGAUCUGCAGAGUAGCGUUACCAGGUCGAUGCAUGAGAAAAUAGACAUAGAGGCAAAGAGGGGUCUGGUCCGGUGCCGAUCAGAUCAGAUCAGGAUCUGUGGAAUGUCAAUACGUAGAAAUUGGUUCCCACGUCAAAGGUGUUCCAAUGUUUGAAGAUGUUUCCUGUAGUAAUGAAGCCCUUGUCGAGUACAAAUCGCUUUUCGAUGCAGAGCGAUGCAUUCGAUCACAGCAGACAACCGAAGCUAAUGCUUAGGGUAUACACACAGUUCUAGAAAUCUGCAUAAUUUCGGUAACAUCAUUUUGGCCGCAGCAGCGGCAUUGGUAUGUAGUGUUCACGCGCAUUUGCCACGGACAGGACUUUCUAGCAACUCUCCGUUUUCACUUCGCUCUCUCUCGGUUUUGACUAAUGGAAAAUGUAGGUGGAGUUGUUCUUCUGAGCUAUGUUGCUCGACGUGCAUCCUGUGAUGUCAGCCAGGUACUGUGUUCGAAGGCCGGAUGGCAAAGGAGGGAGCAAAUUGUUAUGCGUGGAUUGUAGUGUGGAUGAGGAACUUAAGAUCAUCAAACAUUACACGGUCUGUGCGAAAGCUGCUGAUUGUCCUACCAAGUAUAAGGAUAAACCAAUAUGGAACUCAACCUCGCGACUUUGUGAACCUUGUGAUCCUGAAGAGGGUUGCAUAGAUACGGGAUCCGUGCGAUUUCAUUUUCCCAGAAAUGAUCAGUUCCCCCUCAAUUGUACGAGGGGAGUUGAGGAUAUCAAGGGACGCAGGUGCAUCUGUCCCGCAGGAUGGACCAGCGACUUCUCCCAGAGCCCGUACAAUUUCAGUUGGUGUGAUGUCAUGAGCGACGACCACCCUUAUAUGGUCAGGAGAAGAGUCUUCGAGCAACCUGAUCGAUCUUAUGCUCUUGUGAUUGCAGUCAGUGUAAUUGGUAUAGUCACGAGCUGCUGCUUCGUGAUGUGUUUCUUCUCCUUAUUGCGAAGACUUUGUCGACAGAUAACCCGCAAGUACAGAAAUUCUCAAAGCUCCAAACUUCAGGUUGGUAGAAACGUUCCAUAGAGAGGAACAUCGGAUCCUUUAGACCGACACAAUUUUGGCCUGCUCCUGGAGACAUGCAAACUAACACGACGAACGGCGCAAAAUGAACGGGAAUGCCUGUCAUCCUCUAGUGAUGAACGUGCUUAUAUCGCUUGCUGUCCAUCCGGUGUAACAAAUCUGGUAGAUUAUUAUGCAGUUGAAUAGAUUUCAAAAGACCAAGAUAGUGCAAUGAUUUUCACUGCUAUCAGUGCUCACCAAAUGUAAUCACACCGUGUUUCAUGAAAUUUGGUAAGUGCUAACAAUGUCCGCAACAUAUGUUCUUGGGGUGCUGACUUGCAUGCCUUUGAGCGCUUCUGGAAAUUAACCAAACUCUAAAGAACAAUAUCGAAUCUCGUAAACGAGAAACGAAUGACGAACAACCUCCAGAUCAGUGCCCACAAGUUUCAGCUGCCAGGUUUCUUCAUCUCAGGAUCUGAGAUUUCAUCCGAUCUAUUCAGAGACGUGACACACGCGACUACAAGAAGGUUUGAUCGGAGACGGUUGCAGCCAGCAGCAUUUGGAACUGGCCAACCUGGGCCUUCUUUUCUCCAACCUGCGCUUUAUAUGCGGGAAUAUGACAGCAGCAAGUUGCCGCCAUCACGAGUGAUGUUCUUCUUGUCCGAGUUGUAGUUUGAGCGAUUGCAGCACGGUCGAACUGGGAGGCUCGGUCAGCUCCACCGCACGUAUGACGCGGGCCUUUCAUCCGAGUGCGAUCCUGCACCGUCCUCCCCGCGCUCGGUCCUCCUUCUGCUGGGACUCCUGACAGUGCACAACUUCUAUCACGCCUUCUUACAGUUCUGUUGUUGGUCGAAUCUUCGAGCAAUGGCAUCAGAAGAUUCCUAGUCUUGCGAGCAAGGGACGUUUGAGUACAGAAGUCAGAUACCGCACAGUACUCUCCGCCUCGAAGCAAUCUUUACGUGACGGACCUUCGAGGGUUUAAAACAAUUAAUGGACGCCUACCUUCACAAAAUCUCCAAUUCUUUUUUCAUACAGCAGUUCUCAGUCAGGAGGCCCCACAGGCGAAGAAAUCGAUCUGCUUUCUUUGGCUUCACAACACAGAUUUCUUCCAAGAGGUGCCCUCUCAUAAUCCACUAGGCCCUGCCUCCUCUUCUCUCCUCUCAUGCACUUUUGUAGCCCACAAUUUGGGUCACCCACUUCCAAUGAGCACCGUACCUAGAGUAUCCAUCUGAAGCUUAGAUCGCCUGAGGGAGUGCGUCUGAUUAGGGGAAAUUCUAAACCGUCAGCACAAAAGAAGAGGGUU